AUGAUCAUCAAGGGGCUCUUCGCAAUCGCCGCCGUCGCUCUCGUCGGCAUGGUCCAUGCCGAGGCGGACGACCACGUCGCUCGUGAGCUUCAGGUCGCUGACUUCAGCACGAAGCUGCUGAACGCCGUGAACGCCAAGCGCGCCGAGAAGGGGCUCAAGGCUGUGUGCAUCAACACCAAGCUGGCCAAGGCGGCGCAGACGCUGGCCGACGACAAUGCCAAGAACAACAAGGUCGGCACCAGGGGCUCGGAUGGCUCGACCCCCACCUCGCGCUACACCGCGCAGAGCAUCAAGACGUCGACGUCGGCUGAGCUGGCGGCCGCUGGUCAGGCCAGCGCCGACGCCGUGGUGGCCACGUGGAUCAAGUCCUCGAGCGCGUACCUGUACAGCGACUUCAAGUUCAUCGGCCCCGGUUACGUCUACGACAAAACCAAGAUGUACAAGCACUACUGGGUGCUCGACCUUGCCAACGCCGACGGCGAGACCUGCGCCUAG